UACGAAAGGCACAAAAAAAUGGUUAAUGACUACCUUACUUACUACGGUGGAUCCUGGAAGGAUUUCAAUGCUCAUAAGUCUCGUGAGAGGAAUGAUACCGACAUUAUUCGUAAGCACCAUCGUUUUCUUUGGUCAGAUCAGGAUGAGCCUACUAGCUGGGCGGCCAAAUUAGCUAAAAGAUAUUGGGAUAAACUCUUCAAAGAAUACUGCCUAAUUGAUCUUACACGUUAUAAGGAAAACAAAUUUGGUAUGCGUUGGAGGCUUGAACGUGAAGUAGUAUCUGGGAAAGGCCAAUUUAUUUGUGGCAAUGUUUCUUGCUCUGAAAAUGAUAAUCUUCGGAGUUGGGAAGUGAAUUUUGCAUAUAGAGAAUUUAAAGAAAAGCGAAAUGCUUUGGUUAAAGUCAGACUUUGUCGAGAAUGUUCAGAUAAAUUGAAUUAUCGCUAUAAACGCAAAGAAGUAAUUCCAGCCCUGGGUGAUUCGGCAAAAUCUUCUAACUUGUUAUCCACAAAUGUAGAUGGCAACCUUACCCGCACUUUAGGCAGCGACUCAGAGUUACCAGGCAGAGAUGUUGAAGAUCCUCUUGAGCCUAGUGAACACAAGCGGCCAAGGCUUCUUGUUCAACCAGAUUUCGAGCCAGAUGCAAUAUGGCGCAAUGCUAACGCUUCCAGUGAUUCAGGACUUCGAACUAGAGAUGAUGAAUUUGCGGAAUAUUUUCAAGAUAUGCUUUUAUGA